GGGGCCGACCCGUCUUAAGCAGAACAGCCUUUUUGCUUCUUUUUUUUUUUUCUCUUUGCACUCAUUCUCCUUUCUUCCUCUUUCUCUCGUUUUCCCCUCCCUUCUUUAGCAAAGAAUCCAAUGUCUACUGUCGCUACACUAUCAAAUCACGAGUGGGAUGAUGGAAAUAUACUUUCGUUCCCCCUCAUGUCUUCAUCUGCCUACAUAUCUUCAUCUUCCCUAUUAUUUUCCUCACUUGACGCCAUGCAGCGUCAAAUGGCACCUUCUCCAACUUUGGUCACUUCACCCUCGGAGGACUUUGACUUUCUGGAUAAUAACGCUAGUUUCAAUGAUCUUGCGAGCGACUCGUCAGAAUAUACAAGCUAUACGUGCGGACUACUAGACACGGCUGGCACUGAUUAUCUUGCCUCGCCCGCAGCGUAUAUGAUGUUGCCCGAUUAUUUUGAAGAGCCACUUGCGUACGUAGACGACAUGGUUACUGUCGGUCCAGGAGUUUUGCCCUCUGACAACAUACCAACAUCCCCUGGAAAUCAGGUCGACGGGUUCCCCUCGUACUACAAUUCUAGUCGCGGAGUUUCCUUGAAAGGUGAUUCAACUGAUCCAACCAUGCCACCUGAACCAAUUGUAGUUACAGCGAAGAAAGGCCAAGCUAAAACCAAACCUUUAACUCGAGAAUGUCAAUGUCCCCUCUGUCCUCGAGCAUUUGCUCGUAAACAUGAUUUACAGCGCCACAUCCGGGUUCAUACUGGAGUCAAACCGUAUGUUUGUCCUUGUUGUCAACGCUCAUUUGCAAGAACAGAUGCUCUCCGACGCCAUUUUCGUAUGGAGGAAAUUUGCAGGUCAAGCCCUCAAGUACAAGAGAUGAAAACUAAACGUCGAAAAGGACGACAUUUACUUGAUCGGUAAAAGGAACCCUCAACCAUACCAAAAAAUUGAAAGAGAUGGGACCUGAGCAGCAAUCAUUCAAGUAUUGCUUGGCUUGGCUUUGCUUUUUUUUUUUUUUACUCUAGUUCUUUUGGUUCCAUUUUCUUUCGAUCUCUCUUUCUUCAUUGUCCAUACUUGCCUUUUCAUUAUCAUCUGCUUUUCUUGUCCUACGAUCCUUCUUUGUACAGAAAAAAACUUUUUUUUUUGCAUUACCUUUUCUCAUGUAUACAAAUUUCCAAAGAUAAAAAAAAUAAAUUUGGCUUACUUGCACAUUCAAUUUACCAA